AUGAGUGAGGAAGGUUAUGCCGCAAUUGUUGUUACAAGAGUUGCAAUGGAAGAAAACAUGUUCGACCCGCAACCAGAUAUUCCUCGCAUUCGCAUCGAUUCAACCCAUUCUUAUCAGAAGCGAGAGAGUAUGCUAGAGAAAUUGAACACGUAUUACACACUGGCGGUGGUCAUUGCUCAGCUCACUCUUGGUGUUCUUGGGAACAGCUUGACGUUGGUGGCAGAUGCCACAAGAAUAUUCGCUGAUCAUCUGGAACUUUUCCAAUAUGAUCGAGCGGCUACUCCAGGAAAACGGCUAACCGAAAUCAUUACUGUUGGAAUCACAAAUGUUGUGUUAUUUUUGCUCUUUAUUGCUUUUCUACUGACUGCGUCUGGGAGAGCAGCAACUAUGGAUUUUGAUAUCAAUCGCAUGUAUUUAUUAAUUGGAACAGCGCUUGCAAUGACUGCGAACACACUUCAGACUUUGUGUCAUUUUCGAACUUGGCAACGUGAACGCGGCUACAACUUCACCUUGUACACCGGAUCCAAGCGUAACCAACUGAUGCACGGAUUCGUAUACCAUUUUGUAGCGUACUUUGUUUUGGUGUCAUCUCUUCUGAUCAUCGUCAAUAAGGACUACAUCAUUGCCGACGUCGUGACCACCUACAUCACCAGCAUACUCAUCCUGACCAACAUUUCCUCGAUUGGCUAUCAACUUUACCACGAAUACUUUUCCCUUGAGCAUCCCCAGGAUGAAUAUGAGCCAAUUUAG